AUGGAGGCCAACGAGCUGCAGCAGCUGGAACUGCUCUGCCAGGCGUUUUAUGGCGGACAAAGCGAUCACCAAUCGCAAGCUCACAACGUCCUGAUGCAAAUAGUUCGAGACCCUACCAAAGUGUCCCUGCUACAACAGGUCCUAGCCAACAGCUCAAAUCUCCAAGCCCUAGUCUUCGCUUCCAGUGGAAUAGUCUCUCUUUUCACAAAUUUCUGGGCACAAAUCCCACAAGUGCAAAAGAAGGAAACCCGGGAGUUCGUCCUCAAUUACUUGUAUACACGGGGACCAGAAAUGCUGAAAUGUGCCCCCGAGAUCCUAGGCCAACUGAUACACCUACUUUGCAAGACAAUCAAACUCAGCUGGUUGGACGAGAUCAACAACCAGCCUAUAGUCAACCACGUCAGUCAAUUCCUAAAUGCCACUACCCCUCAUUGGAUUAUUGGCCUAUACAUAUACACAGAAUUAACUAUGGAAAUGCAGCCACACAUGGGAAAGAACAUUGCUAAGAUGAGGCGAACCGCCCUUGCAUUUAAGGAAUCCGUACUUUCAGACAUUUUUAAGGUGGCGAUUCAAACGCUAGAAAAGUUUCACGGGGGACAAAUACAGAUGGGUGAUAAUGAGCAUGAAACGCAACUUCUGCAGCAAGUAUUGCAGCUGUGUGUAAAUUGUUUGAGCUUCGACUUUAUGGCUACAAUGCCAGACGAGACAUCUGAAGAGCAAACCACAGUUAUGGUUCCGCAGGCCUGGGACGUUCUUCGGACCGAUCGAAUUCCAAUGAUGCUUUUUGAGCUAUACAAGGCAUCAUGUGCCACUCCCCGUGUUAAUUGUGCCCGACUUUGUUUGCAAUCUCUGGUAGUGAUUGCAGCCCUUCGUAAAUCAUUUUUCAACAGUGAUUCCGAAUCUAUGGUGCAUUUGAAUUGUUUUAUGCGUGGCACCCUUGAAAUAGUGAAGAACAACAUUGGAUUAUCUGAUGACGACUGUUACCACGAGCUUUGUCGUUUAGUUGGCAAGAUUAACGCGGCAAAUCAGUUAUCCCAGCUACUAUCCAGUUCUUGUUUUGCGGAAUGGACCGAUGCUUUGCACAAAUUUACAUUGGAGGCUCUCAAGAAUUGGUCUCAUUUGCCGAACAGCAAGCAUUAUUUAUUGGGUGUUUGGACGCACAUGGUGGUACCACUGGGUUAUUUAAGGGAGAAAGUACCACCUGUAUUGGAGACGUUUAUGCUCCAGAUAACGAUGGAGUUUAUAUCAUCCAGGAUGGCCCUGGCCCAGGUAAUCGGUUCUCAUGCCGAAUACGAUUUUGACAACAUUUUAUCAGACGAGACGCUCGUGGCUGAGAAUGUUGCAAUGUUUUCGCGGCUAUGUCGCUGUCAAUACCAGUCUGUAUGUGUCAAGAUCAACGAAUUAUUUGAUCAGCUUCCAUCUGCUAACAAAAGCGUAUAUUAUGAGAAGCUUUCUUGGUUAGUGCUGUUGGUUGGUUCCAUGUUGUCAGGAAGUGCCGCCGGCCGAUUGACUAUAGAUGACUCUCCUGGUAACGGAGGUUCAUCAAACAUUUCAAUUCACCAACUGAACGUUGACCUUUCUGGCAAGGUGUUUAUGCAAAUGGCGAUUUCAGAUGCCGACCAGCAAGUACCAGAGCACCUGGAAUUGAGUUAUUUGAAUUUUUUGGGCCAUUUUCGCAAGUUUUUUAUUGGAGAGCAUGCUAGGGGCACAAUUUCAGGAGAUUACAAAAAUAGGUUUGCCAAGGUCCCAGGCUGUCCUCCGGGUAUGGACGGUGCCACUUAUUUUCUCAACAAGCUUGUUGAGAAAAUAAUAUUCAACCUACAACACAGGUCUAUGAUAUUGCAGGUAUUGAAGAAGAGUUUAGCUUUUUUCUCCGCCUUAGCUAGUGGCAUUGACAUCGUCCAUUAUGCGGAUAGAUCACCGCAUUUAAUUAUUUCUGGCCGGCUGAUUUUACAGUGUGAGACGCUUCGUUUUGCUAUGGCGAAUCAUUCUGACCCAUCAUUUCGUUUUCUUUCUAUCCCUUCCUAUGGGAGAUACAGAAGUAUUUAUUAUUCAAUCCUCUCCAAACUGUUACUGAUGGAGCUCACCGAGGACUCGGAUGAUUCGGAUAAAGGCGAGGAAUGCGCCCCAGGGGCUGAAGCUAAGUUUGAAAUUUUUAUGGAACCAUUGCGCAACGUCAUUGAUGGUAUUCAAGCCAAGGUUGAAUCGAACCCUAAUGCAUUAGUUGAUUCGGAAACAUGUCAAGCGUUAGUGGGCCUAUUGCGCGAUUUGAGGGGGAUAUGUAAAUCAUGCGCAUCUCCCGAAUCCUACAAUAUGCUCUUCAAGUGGCUCGUUAACAAACCAAAAUUACCUGGUAAAAGCCGUUUACAUCUCUUGAAAAUAGCCUGCGACAAGUUGUGGAGGGAGGCAGCGGUGGCCGUGCCCCUUCUCAAAUGCGUCGCAGAGAUUGCAGACAACAGGGCCAGGAGGAUCUCCUUCGAAAAGACCUCCGCCAACGGCAUUCUCCUUUUUAAGGAGGCGUCUGGGAUCGUCGUCUCUUAUGCAGUCAACAUUAUCCAUGUCGAGGGAGGAUAUCGUGAAAAGUACAAAGGGAUAGCGGCUGCACUGGCUAUUUUAAACCACUGCCUAUCGGGUGAGUAUGUUAGUUUUGGCGUUUUUGACGUUUACGGCGAUACUUCGUUGGAUGACGCCCUAGGGCUGGCCCUAUCAAUGUGCUUGGCGAUACCCCUGAAUGAUUUGCAGGGAUAUCACAAAUCGAUGAGCUCCUUGUAUGAAUUCUUAGAGCUGGCCACUCGUCACUUUAUGACGCAUGUUUUGGCCCUGCCCCUAAAAUCAAUCACUAGCCUCUUAGAGGCUAUACAGGACGGCCUUUGCAGUUUCGAGGCCAACGUAUCCCACGCCUCCGCCAGUGCCCUUGACAACUUUGUAACUUAUUUGUAUAAGGAAAAGGAUUCAACUUCCCCGGACCUGCAUAACACUGUACAGGCCAUCAACAAGUUUUUGGAGUUUGACAACUCAUCGGCCGAGGGCUCGUCUAACACUCUGAGAAGGACUUUGGCGCUGAUAUUUAAUUUACUCGUCAGGGGCGAUUGCAACUCCGCCUGGAGCAUUUCUAGGCCCAUGUUAGGGCUUAUUCUACUGUGUAACAACCACUUUGCCGAGAUACAGGAGUCUUUUUCCUCCCAGAUCGCCCCCGAAAAGCAACAAAAAUUGGCCCGUAGUUUCAACAGCCUGAUGAAUGGUAUAGAUAAGACGCUGUCUUCGCAGAACAAGGACUAUUUCACCAAAAACGUGUACAUAUUUGCACAGGAUACAAGGCUGCUCUUCAACUAA